UAAGCACGCAGCAGACCCAGUGUCGGAGGUGCCGUACUGCGCAUGCUCGGGAUCUCAAUGUCAGCUCUGUUCUCCCAGAGGGACAUUGCUGGCCUUCAACAUGCUGCUAACUGCCUUGGGGGCUCUCCGCACAGGGAUUGGGAUAGGCCAUUCAUUAACCCGCAAUAUGGGCUCACUUGCGACAAAAAUGUCCGAAUAUAGAAAGAUGUGGAAACCCAGUAAGCCCAAAGAUUGGGGUGCACAAUAUCAGGAAAGAUAUAUUCCCUUUUCUAAGAGUCAGCUAGUGGACUAUUUGGUUCAGGAAUUUCACUCCUCUAGUGAAUUGGAGAAGCAGACGUUUCUUUCCUUUGUCGAGCAAUUAGAAUAUUCUCUCCUCCAGCCUUACCAUGCAGUUCUCGGGGAGCUUCAGGCUUUGUAUGAUCCCAUCAAUCCUGACUGCGAGGCUGUGCUGGAUUCUAGCAGCCUAACAGACACAGAAAAGCUAUCCAGAGAAAAACAGGUGUUGGAGCAUCUGCAGCCAGUUCUGGAUCAGGCUAACUUUAAUGUUUUGUCUGAGGAUGCUUUAGCUUAUGCACUAAUUGUGCAUCACCCUCAGGAUGGAGUCCAGGUUUAUGUGAAUCUUGAUAAAUAUGAAUAUAUCCAUUACUGGGCACUUGGACAGAGACUGGGACCCCUAACCUUCCAGAUGACCUCCAAGCACAAGGAAUCUCUCUUCUCCCGAAGUUGUCGCACCCUACCAGAAAGGCGAUACUUUAAGCGGGUCCUACUAGCCGCUCGCCCUAAAAACUCCCAUAUGAUUUUAAAAUGCUUUAAGGAUAUACCCCUGGAGGGGUUAGAGCAGCUGCUCCCUGUGGUAAAAGUGAGAACGUCCAUCUUUGAUCGCGCUUUUUUGAACAUUAUGCUGCUGGUUAGUGGAGGCAUUGUGUUUGUCAAUGUGGGGAUGGUGGUCCUUACAGAUCUGAAGAUUGGAACGUCCUUCCUCCUCUUCUUCUUUGCAGGGUUCAUGACUUUCCGAGCUUGGCAGGUGUUUGCUCAGAGGAGAAAAGCCCAUUCACUGGAACUGGCUCAUAUGUUGUACUACAGGAGCACUUCCAACAAUGCCGAGCUGCUGGCUGCCUUGACCCUCAGAGCACAAGAAGAACAUACAAAAGAGCUCAUCUUGGCCCACAGCUUUCUAAAGCAACUUAACAUACCCAGCCAUGAGGAUAUCACAGAUUCUGAAACUGUUCUACAGAUGAAAAAGCAGGUUGAGUCAUGGCUUCAUGAAAAAUCUGGACUGGAGAUAACAUUCUUUGUAGAUCGAGCACUUGAAAACCUGAAGAAUAUAAGUAGCAAAGAAGAGAAAGAUUCAAAAGAACAGACUGUACAGAUGCACAGCUGAAGAUAGAAGGAUGUCUUCUAUGGACAAACAUUUGUCUUUUUAAUGCAAAACAGAUUGCACUCCAUGUCUCUGGGUUAUUGUGCUUGUUCUGUGUGUGUGUGUAUAAUGACAGAGACAAGUUACUACUGUGUUCAAAGGCUUGUCUUGAGCUUGAAAAUAUUGAUUAUAUAUAUAUAUAUAUAUCUGCUGCAUUUUCAGAGGCUGAUGUUAUCAUUGUCUUUCUCCUUGAAGUAUUUAUUAUUUGGUGGCAAAGCUUUCACUACAAGAAAGUCUAAAGAUUUUUCACCUCAGUGUUAGAAGCACUGCAUGCUAUGCGCUGAGAGCCUUAAAGUGUCUGAAAAAACUG